AUGCUUGCUUGCCGCUGGGGGCCCCCGGGGGGCCCCCCCUUAAGGCGCAUUGGGGGCCCCCCCAGGGGGCCCCAAGUGCAUGCAGGGGCCCCUUGGCUUUGCUGCAGCUCAUCGAGAGCAUUCUCCACCCACCAGCAGCAGCAGCAGCAACAACAGCAGCAGCAGCAACAGCAGCAGCAGCAGCAACAGCAACAGCAGCAGCAGCGGCAGCAGCAGCCAGUGUUUGGGCGGCGGCGUCUGUCUAUUAGAGACAUUCGAAGCGUUCCUUUACCGCCUCCCCAAUUCAUUUCUUCCUUUUGCAAAAAGGGGGGCCCCCCGGGGGCCCCCCCAGGGGCCUCCCCGGGGGCCCCCCUGGGGGCCCCCCAAGAAGACCCCAGAGAGGCCCCCCCGAGACCCUUUCAGGGGGCCCUUCCUUCUAGUUGGAGUGAAGUGCUGGCUGGGGGCCUCCCAGGAGCCCAGGGUACAGAAAAAGGCCCCAGGGCCCACGGGGGCCCCGGGGGCCCCGGGGGCCCCUGGGGCCCCGGGAGCCCCGGGGGGCCCUGGGGCCCCGGGGACCGCUGUGGGGGGGAAAUGUUUGCAAAGAAAGUGGGGGCCCCCGGGGGCCCCCACUUGGAGUUGCAUUUGAGCUCUGUGGGGUUUGUGGAGGAGCGGGAGUGGGGUUUGGACGAGGUGUACAUACACCCGGCGCUUGCGGGGGCAGUCGAGGGUUUAGGGUUUAGGGUUUUGAAACCCUCGGAGGCGAGCGCCUUCUUUAUGGUUUCGAGGGGCAGGGAUUUGCUGCUGCUGCAGCAGCACAAAAGGGAAAAGACUCUUGCUGCGCUGCUGCCCAUUUUGAACAGGCUUUACCUCGCCCACGACCUGCUGCAGCACAUGCAGCAGCAGCAGCAGCAGCAGCAGGCGGCGAGGGCCUGGGACGCCCGCGGGGAGCUGCUGCAGCAGCUGGACCCUUUGGGGCGAAUUGCUGUGCAGUGCCUCUCUGACGUGGGCAGGGACUACCAGCAGCAGCAGCAGCAGCAGCAGGACGAGCAGCAGCAGCAGCAGCAGCAGCAAGAGCAGCAGCCGCAGCGUCUAGAAGAUGUGCCCCCAGAGGAAUGGGGGAAGCUGGGAAGCAGCUGGCAGCGGCUGCUGCUCAAGGACCCCAGCAGGGUCCAAGUCCUAGCAGCAAACAAGGCUCUGCAGCUGCAGCAGCAGCAGCAGCAGCAGAAACAGGGACAGCAGCAGCAGCAAAAACAGCAGCAGCAGCAACAGCUCGAUAUUGUCAGGGUUCCAACAAUGUAUGGAUCACGCAUCCGGUAG